GUUCUGUCAAAAAAUCGAUUGGUAAACAAACUCCAAGAAAAUUCAGGAGUGAAAAUCCCUUUGAAAAAGCCCAAAAAUGUCCGAUGCUGGAGACGAAAUACCCGAAGGCUGGGAAAAGCGAGUUUCUCGCUCGACUGGAAUGGUCUACUACUUGAACAAAAUCACAAAGGAGUCGCAAUGGGACGUCCCGAAGGAAAGUGCUUCCGCCAGCGCCGACGGAAGUGCCGAGAAGAAAAUCCAGUGUUCGCAUUUGUUGGUGAAACAUGCGGGAUCGCGUCGUCCUGCAUCGCAUCGACAAGACGGCCCAAUUACGCGAACGAAGGAGGAAGCGCAGGAAUUGCUCGACGGAUAUCGGAAGGAAAUCAAUGGAGAUCCGGAAAAGUUUGCCGAGUUGGCGGAAAAGUACAGUGAUUGCUCGUCGGCGAAACGUGGCGGAGAUUUGGGAAUGUUUGGACGCAACACGAUGCAAAAACCGUUCGAGGAUGCCGCGUUUGCGCUAAAAGUGAAUGAGAUGAGUGAUACCGUGGAUACGGAUAGUGGUCUGCAUAUUAUCUUAAGAACCGCUUAAAAUGCCUCGCGGCGCGGAUUUAAAUGUAGAACGAAGCUACUUUAUAAUAUUUUUUGCAUUUAUUGUGGAUCUGUGCUCAAUUUUUCUUAUUUUUUAACGUUCAAAAAAGCUUCUUCAGUAAAAUCUUGGCACCAGAA